UUCACCUCGGUUUAAGAGACGCUUUUUAAAAUGGGGUAAUUACUUGGGCAAGGGUUGCUGGCUUUGGUGCUGUUUACCCAAUUGGUGCCCUCUAUUUAGGUCACACCUCUUUAUAAGGUACACCCAAUAUUUGAUACACCUCUAUUUAAGAGACGCCUUUUAAAAUUUGGUUGACCACUGGCUGAGGAGCUUUUUUAAGUGAUACCCUCUAUUUAAUAUACACCUGAUUAUAAGGAUAACGAGUCAAACCUCUCUAUUAUGAUACACCCAUAUAUUUACACCUCCAUUUAAUAUACUGUCGACAACUGCUAUGAUAAUUCAUACCACACUUCAUUAUAUGGCAGGUAGAGCAGGAAGACGCGGACUUGAUUCUACCGGAACUGUCAUAAUCUUGGCUAAAGGGUCAGAACCACCUGAUAUUAGUUCAUUAACAUCGAUUUUAAAAGGUAAACCAGUCAAACUUGAAUCACAUUUUCGUAUAACUUAUAGUAUGAUGCUUAAUCUUUUGCGUAUUGAAGAAUUAAGAAUUGAGGAUAUGUUGUCCAAUUCUUAUGUAGAAAGUGCUUCUUUACGUAUGGUUGUUCAACGAAAGGAACGUCUUAAAAAGCUUGAAGAAAACAUUACAGCAUUACCUCAAUUAGAAUGCCCUCAUUGCAAUCCUCCACCAAACGGAAAAGUGGACACAACAUUAUUGGGUUAUUUCAAUUCUCUCAUAAAUUAUUACAAAACAACAAAAGAAUUGUGGAAUUUGUUAAUUUUAAAAGGAAAAGAGGCUAAAUUAUUUACAAUGGGAAGAGUUUUAAUUAUUCAUUAUCCGCCUCUUGGAAUUGCUGGAAGGCUAGCUGUUGUUUUGAGGUCUAUUAUUGAAAAUGGGAGACUUACCUUAACUUUAUUUAUACCAACUUCAACCACUUCUGCUGCCAAUGAUGUUAAACUAAAAGCUUUUAAUGCUUUAACUAAAGAGGAAAGACGUUCAAAAGCAGAAAUUGGAUUGUUAGAACAUGCUCUUUUACAUGGAAUUGAUGGAUUAGAUGUAAAAACAUUUUCGGAAUAUACUCCAUAUACAAUUUUGGAAACAACUUUGGAUUGUCUAUUAGCAGUCUGUAAACGUACAAUACCAAAAUUAGAUGCAGAAGCAAUAAAUCAAGAAUAUCAACGUUUCAAACAACCAUCAAAUCGGUCAAAUUCUCCUGACAGAAAUAUAAAAAAAAUAAUUUUUGAAUUAAAUCAAUUAUCAGAAAAAAUUGUAAAAAAUCAAAAAGAGGUAGAAGAAGAAGGAAAUGACAAAAAAAUAGAUGAAUUUGUACAUAUUUUGGGAAUGGAUUUGGACAAAAAAGAAAUAAGUUUAGUUGAAAGUUUGAGGGUAGUUUUGUAUCAAAGAAGAGAACUUGUUAAUUCAAAUGUUUAUCCUUGUAUUAAAUGCCCUGAUAUUAUUGAACAUAUGAAUCUAGUCAUAAAUAGACGCCAAAUGGAACAAAACAUACAAACACUCGUUCAUCAAACCUCUUCACAUUCCAUGUCAGAAGAAUCUGCAGGUCGUUUAAAAGUUUUAAGAACACUUGGGUACAUUGAUCGCGAAAAUGUGGUUGAAUUAAAAGGAAAAAUUGCAUGUGAAAUUAGUAAUCAGGAAUUGUUAAUUAGUGAACUAAUUCUCGACAACAAAUUUCAAGAUAGAAGUCCACCAGAAAUUGCAGCAAUGUUUUCAGCAUUUACGUGUCAACAUGGAAGAAAUACUUCUAAUAGUAUUAGAAGACAUAAUUUGAAUUUUAAUAAGAUAAAUUCAAAAAAUGGUUCAACUUCACAAAGUACAGAAACCUCAAUAAGUAAUGAAAGUCAACAACAACAGGAACAAGUUGAAAGAGUGCCUAUUGAAAUUUUGAGAGAGCUAGAGACAGACUUAACUGAAACUGCCAUACGUAUUGAUGACGUCCAAAAGGAAUGUGGUGUUUUUAACUCACCUGUGAUUGAAGAAUUGAAAUUUGGAUUGAUGGAAGUUGUCUAUCAAUGGGCGAAUGGAUUGGAAUUUUCCAAAAUAAUGCAAUUAACUGAUGCCCAAGAAGGUAUAAUUGUAAGAUGUAUUCAACGUUUGGAUGAAGUUUGUAAAGACGUUAAAAAAGGUGCAAUGAUUAUUGGAAACCCUGAACUAGCAGAAUUAAUGGAAGAAACUAGUAAUGCUAUUAGACGUGAUAUUGUUUUUGCAGCAAGUUUGUAUGUUACAGAGGCUGAGGCGAAUGAAUAAUUUUAUUUUUUUUCAAAAUUUUUGUUAUUAUUAAUAGUACAUUGCAGUGGUGGGUCGGAAUUUCGAUUUCCAACUUCCGAUUUCCGGAGUUUUUUUCCUUCCGAUUUCCGAAAAAAAUUUUGAUUUCCGUGUUCCGACUUUUUAGCCAGUUCUGAUUUCCGACACCGUUGACUGUUCCGACCCACCUCUGGUAUAUAGUAUGUAUGUAUCAGGGUUGUGCCUUUCAUGUUUCGAUUUUUAAAUUGGCUUUCGGUUUUCGUUAUUUUUUUACUUUUGCUUUUCGCUUUCAAAAUCAUUUUUGGCACAUCCCUGAUAUGUAUGUAUGUAAUUAUCUUAUAUAAUUGAGAAAAGUUUGUCUAUAUGUCUGGUUUUUAUAGAAAUAUGGGUUUUAUAAUUGUAAAAUGAUUGUAGGAAUGAUGCUUUUUAAAAUCUGCUUCGGCACAUCCCUGUUUAUAUUAAUUACACAACCUCAUUUAAAUAAUUUUGUGAUUUUAUUACAAAUUUUAUUAAAAAAAUUUUUUUUCUCCUUAUGGUAUAUAAAAAUCCUGGUUUUAGAUAUAUUAUGUACAAUUUAUACUUGGUUAGAAAAUCUUUGAAUUUUAAAAAAUAUCCUUCAAAAUUCCUCAAAAUUGUGGUGAAAAUUUGUCCUACUUUUAAUAUUAUAUUUAUUUUUUUCUCUUUGUUAUAUUUAUGUUCAUGUUUCUAUUGUCUCGUCCUUUUUAUUGAAUAAUAAGCUUAAGCCGAUUUAUGGCCUGCGCGAAAAUUAUACAUUUUUUACAUUGUUUAUUGUACAAAAUACUUUUGAAAACAUCUAUUCAAAAUAUAAAUUGCACAAUAUGUACUAUUUCAAUAUUUUUAUGGGUUGUAAAUUUUUAACACAAUUUAUGCAAUCGGACCUCAUUCUUAUGUACAAGGAUUCUGCCUUCCUAAUUCUCACACGUUUUUAGGACCAGGAAUUUUCGAUUCUCGAAAUUACCAACCAAUUUAUCUCUAUGUCGACAGGAUCCCUGUUUUGU